CCAAAUUUAUAGAGCAGCAGCGACAACAUCAAAGCUCUCCGAGGCUAAUUAAGGACCGACAACAUAGAAUGCCAGCGGCAGCAGCAACACCAGCCCCAGCUCCAACAUCAAACUACACAAUGUUGCUGCCAAUUGCGAUAUCACGUCGGCAUUUAAUUGCUCUCGUUGUGACAACAAUAUUAGCCAGCUGCUGUCAGCUGUGUGCGGCUCAGAACUCGACGUUCGUGGCAACAAUUGUCAGCUCGAACAACACGUUGCAGACGCUGAACGAGACGCGGCUCAAUGAAACGAUAACAAUCAAUAUAAGUGAGAUUAUUGCAGCUGCGACGGGCGACGGGCCGACUGAUAGCACAACAGCAACGACGGACACGACGGCAACGACAACAGCAGCAACAAUAACAACCACACCUGACGGAGCAACAUCGGAAUCAACAUCAACAACAACACCAGCAACAAGCUCAACUACAACAGCAACAGCAACGGACACGACAACAGCAGCAACUGAUACGACUACAACAGCAGCAACUGACUCAACAAGCAGCACGACAGCAACACCUGAUUCAAGCAGCUCAACUAUAGCAGCAACAGACACCACAACAACAUCAACAACAACAGCAACAGAUACCUCAACAACAACAACAACACUUGCUGCUGAGACAACAACAACAGAAGCAACAACAUCCAGCACCACACCAGCAACAGACACCUCAAGCACGACAGCAACAUCGACAUCCACAGAGGCAACAACGACAACAACACUUGCUGCUGAGACAACAACAACAACAACAACAGAAGCAGCAACAUCCAGCACCACACCAGCAACGGACACCUCAAGCACGACAGCAACAUCGACAACAACAGAGGCCAUAUCGACAACAACAACAACAACACUUGCUGCUGAGACAACAACAACAACAGCAGCGACAACAUCUAGCACAGCGCCAACAACAACAACAACAACAACAACUACAACAGCUGCAGCUACAACAACAACGAUGACGACAACAACAGCAGCAGCAACAACUCUGGAGCCCUUCCCAAUCGCACCAUAUCCAACAGUUUACGGUCAGCUGUCCAGCCUGGAUAUAGCCAAGCAGAUGCGCAGGCUCAAGAAGGAGCGAUUGGGCCGAGUGGGCAGGAAGCCAGGACGCAAAGGCCGCAAGUUGCGCAGGCGCAGCACAACAACAACAUCGACAACAACGCCAGCACCAACUACUGCAGUCGAUGAUGAUGAUGACAACAAUGAUGAUGGUGAUGAUGGCAAUGAUGAUGGCGGCAACGCUGCUGAAGAUCCCAUACUGGUGGAGCCCCUGCCAGAGUUGCCUCUGCGCCUGGGCAACAUCGAGAACCAGCGCAUCGAUCAAUGAACACGAAUCGAGCUAUGAAUCACUAAGGUAGAUUUAACAUUUAUGACAUAAUAAAGCCUCAUAUUGAACGACUUA